UGAUGACGCAAUAAGCGACCACCCCUCCUCCCCCUUCACGUCCCUACGCAUUCCUCAUAGCUACGCCUUAACUACCCGUGCACCUCAACGCGCAGAAAACAGCGACGAUGCGCCAAAUAAACACCAAAAACGGCGGUAUAUCGGCAUAAAGGUUCAAAUAAAUCAUGUGAAAGUUAAUCAGAAACAGGAGAAUGGGGCUACGGUUGGUGGAAAAGGGGAACCACAGCAAGCGGAUGGUUGUAUUUGUGGCGAUCUUUCUCAUCACCACCCUCUUCAUUCUCUACAACUCCAACAGUGUAAAUGAGUCUUAUGAGGCUUUUAAAGUAAUAGGGUAUAACAGUGCCACCAAAAACACUGACCUGAAGAAAUGGGCAGGAAAAGAUGGCUACGUUCCAGUUUUUGGCAACAAGAGCCUGACCUUACAUUAUAAGCAGUGUGCCCUGGUGACGAGCUCAAGCCAUGUACUGGGCACUGGCGCUGGAGCAGAGAUUGACCGUGCUGAGUGUGUGAUCCGCAUGAAUGAUGCACCUACAUCUGGGUUUGAGGCAGAUGUGGGUAAUAAAACUAGCCUUCGCGUUGUUGCUCACUCCAGUGUGAUUCGUCUCGUCCGAAAACCCCAAGAGUUCCUCAACUGCACUGACUGCCCAUCUAUCAUUUUCUGGGGUCCACCCACAAAGAUAGGACGUGAUGCCAAUGGUGCUCUCUACAGGCUGAUCCAUCGUGUUGCUGCCACAUACACCAAUCUCUCAACCUUCAUUGUCACACCGGGCAAAAUGCACAAGUUCGACACACUCUUUCAAAGAGAGACAGGCCGAGACAGACAGAAGUCUCAGUCCUGGCUGAGCACUGGCUGGUUCACCAUGGUCAUCGCUAUAGAGAUCUGUGACAAAAUUAAGGUUUAUGGGAUGGUGCCUCCCAGCUACUGCGGGAGGCAUCCUCAGCCGAAAAGAAUGCCAUAUCAUUACUAUAAACCCCGAGGGCCGGACGAGUGUGUAACCUACCUGCAGAACGAGAGGGGUCGCCGUGGAAAUCACCAUCGCUUCAUCACCGAAAAACAAGUGUUUGCUCGCUGGGCCAAACUCUAUAACAUCAGCUUUGUGUACCCCACUUGGUGAGAGGCUGCCACUGACACUGAACGAAAAUGACCACCAGCCACAAUAUCCUUCCUGUGGUAAACAGCCAGCCUCACUUUCAGAGCAUGGUCCAACAUGGCCAACAGCUUCAAUCUCCAUAUAAGGAAAAAUGUUUCACUCUCAGACAAAUGACAAUAUCUAUCCAAACUGGUGUCCAGCCUCAAACUGAGAAACUGCUUUAACAAUGGCCAAGCUGUUGAGAUCAAUUCAAAACGGCUUCUUAUUUUACCCUAAAGCCUAAAGAGAGAUUAAACUAAAACGGUUGCUGGGUUCACACUUAUUACCUGCAGAAGCACAAAUUGGCUGCUGUUUUUCACACCGUUUUUUCUGUCAGACCAGACAAAUGUUCAGACCUUCUUCGAAAUCUGGCUGAGCUUUGAAAAUGGUGCCUGCUUAGACUUUUGGGAGUGUCUUUAUUAUACGAUCUCUUUAUUAUACAUAUAGGUCAUUCUAAAGCCUGGCAAAUAUACUCAGAAUUUUACUUAAAAACAGAUUUUAGAUUUUAAAAAUGUCAAAAAAUCAAACGGACUGUGAAGAUUAUGAUUGAGUUCAUGACACUGCAAUAAUCAGCAAAAUGGUGCUGAGCACUUCUCUUUUUGUAAACAUUUGCAUCAUAAAAUUCUAUUUUAAAGUAUUGCUACAUAUGCGUAUUUUAAAAACAAAACUUCCCGUGAUUGGUAUUUUAAGACGAGACAAAUUUGCAAUGUGGGGAAGGAAUUGGUACUGACACCCAAUUUAAUGUUUCUGGGCAGAAGAUGUUUAGAGAAAGAGAGAGAGAGAGAGAGAGAGAGAGAGAGAGAAUGCACAUGUCGAAUUUUAUGUUUUGUUGCCAACAUUUCCAAAAGCACUUGAGUUAAAAACAUUUAAUUAUUUUUUAGAUUUAACCAAGCCUUUACUUUCCACUAUUAUGUGUACUAUCCUUUGUAUUUAUUUUAUUUUACCGCAUUCCUUUUUAAGAGUAUUUAGACUGAUAAAUUCUCUGUCAUGUUUCAGUAUUUCAAGACAGACUGCAAUCACUGCCCACCUACAGUAUAUUGUGCCAGCAACACAUUCAAAGACAUUGAAAAACCAAGUGUUUUAAUCCAGUUCUAAUUUUAUUAACUAGAGCACUAGAGCUAGAACAGUGUUAUUCACAAGAUGCUUCAUCUAGCCGAGAUUCUGUUCAAAACUUUGCUAAAGUAUCUUUUCUUCAAACAUGUGUAGUAAAGAAAGAACAUUUGAAAUCAGUCCAGGACAUUAGGAGUGUGUAAAAGCCUGGAGUUUGUAGCAGUCUGCUGUCCUUCACCAUUAUUUGGAUUAGCUUUCGAAACUAAAUGGGUUUGACUACACAAAACACUAUUGCUGAGCUUUGGCAAUUAUCUGAUUGGAUGAGGGUUAGCCAUCUCCCUGGCUGUGGAUAUUCCCCACCUGCUAAUGACCCAUGACCUUAGAUCUAGCAGUAUUGGGAAUGUUUGUAGGUUUACCUUGGUUAUACUUCAGCGUUGGUGUUUAUUUGCAGUGUGACAAAAAUUGGGGGUUUCCUUUUCCAGGUAGUUAACUGCAUUGGGAGAUUCUAUGGUGCUGUGCGUCAACCGUCCUACAGGUUAAAUGCUUAUUGGUUGGUGGGGAGUCGUGUCCGGUACUGUUUGUGAAUCAGUUUGUGCUUUUGUACUAGUCUUGGUUGGCAACCCAAUCUCCAGCAAACACACUUUCAGGGUUUGCUUGAUGCACAGCAACUCCAAUUUGCACUAUAACAGUAGCUGAGGUUCUCAGUAUUUGCACAGACACUGUCUCUAUUUCAUACACUAUAAACCCUUCUCUGUGUCUCUGGCAGUUGGAUGUUUCUGUAUUACUACAGAUAGAGAUAAGGAUGCGAUACGCUUGAAAUGACCUUUAAAUAAAUGACCUCCAAUACUGCGCUGCCAGAACCCUGAACAAAUGACCAAUGUCCCCCUACUCUUACACACUCCAGUUUUUCAUUGGAUGUGUGAACAAAAAUAAACCUUGCCUAAUGCAUGGCAUGUGAAUAGGACCUGAGAGACAGGAAUGAAAUGAAAUGAAUAAAUGAAUAUAAAAUGAUCCAUAUUAUUAUUAUUCUGACACUUUUUUUGGUGUCUGCACCAAAUUGUGUUCU